GCUUAUGAGCUCGAUGCCACAGGGAGCCAUGACAGAAACAAGUCUGGGUGUGGUGUUGACGCUCCUGCAAAAUGUGGCCGCAGCUUUUGCGUUUGGAGAAGCUGCAUUAUUUGCAGUUGAGCCAACGCUGACUAAAGAUGGUCUCCUGCUGAAGGCCGCAACUCUGGCUGCCGGUCGAACCGGUUCCACGGGUGUCGGGGUGGUGGCGGCGUGCCUCGUGUUCACCUCUGCGCUCAUUUCUCUGGGAAGUGGUUUCCUCCUGGCUGCCAUGGUGCUGAAGCUUUUGACCAAAGUCGGAGUGAGGUUGCCGUGGUUAACGGAGGCCACAGUUGGGGCCUCUGUUGUGGUGGGUGCUGUUGCCACCGGGGUGUUAGCGGGCGUCCUUCCGCCAUGGAUCUACCUCGCGGCCCAAGCUGUUCUUGUCCUUCUAGUCUACUCAUACUCCAAUAUUAACGACAUGACCACAGCUCUGUUAAUCAUCUUCACCACUCUCUACCUCAGUGUUCUAUGUGGGAGGAUGGGUUUUGUAAUUGGUCUCAUCAUCAUGGGAUUCACCAUCUGUGUCCUCAGUGCUCUACGAAAGGCCCUGACAGAGAACAUGACACAAAGACCAGCACCUAAAACUGGGUGCAAACUAUUGGAGAGGAUAUUUUUCUACUCUGUCUUUGUGGGGAUACUGGGAUUUUCAGUAGGUUUGAUUAGGUAGGUUUGAGCAGGUGAUCCAGGAGCAGGGUCAAGGGCAGAGGUGGUUUUGAUGCUGCAGUCGGUCCUCUGGGUGGCGUUCCUUUCUGCAGGGCUGCUAGGAGCCGGCCUGGGAACAGUGGCCAUGGUUGGUCUGGGGCCAGAGGUGGCUGGAAAGGUCGCUGUGGGAGCUGCUAUAAUAUCAUCACUGGCCUUGAGAGCUAUUUUGCAAUCAAGCUCCUCCCUGGGGGUCCGCAGCAGCGUGGGGGGAACUUUAGGAGCAGCUACAGCAGCGGGGGUGUCGCUGGGAGCUGCAGGCGUCGCAGCAAAACAGGCGUUCAGGUCCAGAAGUUCAACUCUGACAGCUCUAGGUUCAGUUGUUGUCAGUGCGACUCUGGCCAUGCGAAGCGGAGCACUGAAAGCAACCCUGCUGACAACAUCAGAACUCAUAACCAUUGCUCUUGUUGCAGCAGGGGCAUUUGUUCUGGGGGCACCAAAGAGCCCGUUUCACACUCAGGUGAAUCUACGAAGGGGCCUUCUCACGGGGCCGGAGCUAAUUAAAGGAAUUGGCAUGGAGACAGUCACCGCAGCAGCGGCACCUAUUGGAGCCGGGGCACUUGGGGCCGCAGCGUUAGGCACCGCAGCUCUGGGGAGACUGGGGACUGUGGGAGUUCUGGUGGCUAUAGUGUCGGCUUUGGGAAGUACUCUGAGCGGCAUGAUAGCAAAGUCACCACCAACAACAAACACACACAGAGACUGAGUGACGCCCUGAGUUUAAAUGCUUCUCUCCCACUGGUCACUACAGAAAUGUGCCUGAACACAAGGCCAAACGUUUUGUGUGCUAAAAGAGACAAUUUGUGUGUGUAUGCACAUGUGUAUAUGUGUGUCGACAGAUGUGUAGUCUUCACUGACAAAAAAAAGUAAUUGCAGUUCAAAUUAGUUUAAAUUUAGCCUACUAUGUGAUGGUCUUUUUCAGAUGUACAGAUUUUUUUUUUUUACACAAAAAUAUAUUUUGCUAUUGAUCAAACCUGACAGUUGUGUCAUAAACAUGCAUCACUGUGGCUAUCAGUGUGGAAUAAAACACAUGUGAAAUGA